UGAGUACCUUCAGCGCAGUGACACCAUCAUUAUUUACCCAGAAGCUCCAGAGGAGGCAAAAACACUGAGAACAGCGGAGGCAACAAGCCCAAAAGAGAACAAGCACGGCUCGCUCUCUGAUCCCACAGAUGACUUUGCUCAACUUCUCACAUGUCCGUAUUGUGAACGAGGCUACAAAAGACUGACAUCUCUGAAGGAGCACAUCAUGAACCGGCAUAAGAGGAACGACGAGAGCUUUGCUUGCCAGCUGUGCACGGGCACCUUUGACUCCAGCUCUCUGUUGGACCGUCAUAUGACAACACACAAGCUUGGAAGAGAAAAGCCACCCCCCCUCAGUGAAGAAGCUGAAAACCGCAAGUUUAAAUGCAGCGAGUGUGGAAAAGCUUUCAAGUACAAGCACCACCUGAAGGAGCAUCUUCGCAUUCACAGCGGUGAAAAGCCAUAUGAAUGCUCAAACUGUAAGAAGCGCUUCUCUCACUCUGGAUCUUACAGUUCCCAUAUCAGCAGCAAAAAAUGCAUUGGCCUGCUAACUCUCAAUGGACAAGUACAUAAUGGAAAUUUUAGCAAAUCCUGUUCCUUCCCAAGGUCAAGAACUUUGUCUCCUGAAAGUCCAACAAUUCCUCGUCUACACCCCAAACUGGAAAAUGGCCAACCCCUCUUUUCCCAAAUUCAACAAGGUCAACCUCAUGUCAGAGGUGAACCAAAUUAUUUAAGUGAUUAUCAUCUGUUAAUGGCAUCACAACAUGUUUUUGAGGGUACAAGGGUAUACCUAAAUGGUCAUGGCUUAAGCUCUCUGGGGAUCCACAGUUCUCCUCAGAGCUCUCUUUCACAUUUGGGAAGCAUGGAGGUAGACCUACCUCUCCUGAGCUACACGGGCCCCCCCGUGAGCAGCCUAAGUGAGGUUCAGAAACUUCUUCAUAUUAUGGACAACAAUGGAUGCCGGCAGAACCCAGAGAAGAUGUCCCAGAUGAAGGCAUAUAUGAAAGAGCUGGAGGCACAGAUCCAAGCCCAGGCUGGCUUUCCGGCAGUGACUCACAGUAGCCCCACCAGAAGCAUCACUGACUACACUCUGAAGAAGGUCAGAGAGGCCAAGAGUCUGAUCAACAAAGAAAAGAAACAAGUGCGCGACAAGAAGGAGAAAUCAAAUCACUCAGGUUUUCUUUGCAGCGAAGAAAAGUCACUUGAUGAACAGACGCUGUUCCUCCCAUUCUGCUGCCAGUUCUGCAAACAGACAUUCCCUGGUCCCAUUGCACUCCAUCAACAUGAGCGAUAUUUGUGCAAAAUGAAUGAAGAAAUCAGAGGAGUCCUGGAACCAGCAGAGAACUUGCUGUCUGGCCGCCAAAGGACUCUAGUCGAUGAACUGUCCCUUAGCAAUGGGGCGACCAGCCCCACUCACCUUUUAAAGGACCACUUUUCAGUGCUUAAUGCUUGUUUUGCUGUGAAUACAGAGCCUAGUAUUGAGGAAGUGGGGAAACUGUCACAUGCUGUUGCUGGUCCUCAAGAGUUUGUCAAGGAGUGGUUUGCCAAUUAUGAGAGUCAAAACCACCAAAUGGGAAGUGUAAGAAAAAAGUCACUUCUUCCUAAUCAUAGUGCUCAUGAUCAUCACUUAGGCCAUUCUCCAAAAUCACUUCUCACUGUAGAUAUGCACUGUGGGUUAACCAAUGGCAACAGCUCCCAGAAACCUGAAAAAACUAACCACUUUGGUGCUUCUAGGCAACCAGCAGGGGUGAUGCCACAUGAGCUCCCAGACAUCUUAAAGGACAACACCUUAUCUCCCCUCAACUUAUCCAACUUUCCAUCCCACUCCACUUUCUCCAAAAACUCACAGAUUAGGUCGAACACUCCAAGCAGCCUCAUCUCUGAGGAGACUCUUUGGGACAUACCACUGGAUCUGUCGUUGCCCAGAAAUGUGAAACAGAAACUUGUUUCUGUGGCAGAAAAACAAGUAAGACCUAAAGGUUUGAUGCCCGAAUGUAACGUGAAGUUAGCAGAAAAAGAGCAGGCUUGUGUACCUUCAGAUCUCAUCAGCGUAAAGACGGAGGUAUUGGACUCUGACAUCAAAGGGAAUUUUGGUCACCAACCGGAGAACAGUGCCAGCCCUCUCUUUGGAAUUGAUCCCUUCUACGGUGGCUCCGCAUAUACUCCCCUGUCACCUCAUGGAGCAUUUACGCCACCUACCUUUAGGUCUUCCACGCAGUCCACAAAUGUGGGCCUUAGGGGCUUCUCAGGCCUCAAUCCCAUGAGUCUGCUGCCUCACAUGGCCUACACCUACACUGCUGGUACCACAUUUGCUGAAAUGCAACAACAGAAGUACCAGCAUAAAGGGGAGCUGCUGGACAAAACGGCAGACUAUCUGUCAGGCCUGGAUAACCUGACAGACAGCAACUCAAUGCUUUCCAGGAAGAAGAUUAAGAAGACUGAAAGUGGGAAACGUCCACACCAGUGUCAGACGUGCAAGAAGGCCUUCAAACACAAACACCAUCUGAUCGAGCACUCACGCCUGCACUCCGGGGAAAAACCCUACCAGUGCGAUAAGUGUGGCAAGCGUUUUUCACACUCAGGCUCGUACUCACAACACAUGAACCACCGCUACUCCUACUGCAAGAGGGAGGCCGAUGAACGAGAAGCGGCCGAGAGGGAGGCACAAGAACAAGGAGUUAGUGGUUUGCUGAAUGGAGGUCUAGAGCCCUCUGAAAGGAUGAUGGGGACAACCUACUUGCAGAAGCUGGAGCCUCUUGGAUCCUUACAGCCUAAUGACCAGGAGGAGCCCUGCAACAAUGUGAUUCUAAGAGACGGCAGGGAGACCGGAGCAGGACAGGAUGAGAAAGAAGUGGACAGCAGAAAGUUGAUGGAACUGACAGACAGACAGGCAGCAAGUUUUAUGAAAAAGGAGGAAGAGGAGGAACAAAGCCUGAUAGACAUGACAACCGAUGAGGAGGCUGAUCAACGAGACAUCACAGAGAAGUAGAGGGGACUGAUGCAAAAGUCCAUCUGUAGGAGAGCAAUGGCGGUAUUCAGACAGGAACUGAGUGACCUCAAACCUUCAAACUUCCAUGAACCUAUUGUUCCACCUCAAAAUUCCCUUGUAGGAUUGCAGUGAAAAGGCCUUUGUAGGCUCCUACGAUGCUUUGGCCUGCUGUAGGGCUGGAUUUGAUCUGAAAAACAAAGAGGUCGUGUUUUGAUGGUAUCUGACAGUCUCACACUGAUGUCAUUCUGCAUCGAUAAGUCUUGAUCUUAAUCUGUACUUUGGAUUUGUCAGGCAGUCUAAAAAUAUUACAAGUAUUGUUGAUGUUUAGUUUUUCAGCAACACAUGACAGUAUUUUUACUGUCUUCUGAUGGUUACUGGAUUUUGUUUGUUUUGUGCUCCUGUAAAAAAUUUUAACUUUUUAACAUAACCCUCAUUCAAAUCAGUUUGAUUACUUACUAUUGUUUAUUUUGACUGUUGAAAAUUGGGUAUUUCUGCUAGCUUGUGCUCAUGGCAGAAAAAUAGGUUGGAAUGACUAUGAGAGUUAAAGCUGGAGUAUGGACAGCUGGGGUUUCACGCUGAUGAAGAAAUGGUUGAUGACUAAACCCUGCUAAAAGCUCAGGGUAGAAGUGGUUACCACUGAGGUCACUAGGAAGCAUUUAUCCAUGUUCUAUAUUCACGUGUUCCUAGAGCCUAACCCGGCUACUGUAAGGCAAGGGCAGGCCUCACCCUGGGCAGUUCUCCAGUCAUCACAGGACCACACAGAGAUAAAUACAGAACCACACACAACCACACUCACACCAGAAAGCCGGAGAAAACCCACCCAUGCAUGAAUAGAAGCCGCCAUCUCCACACAGAAAGGAUCCUGCUGGGAUUUGAACCAGAACCUUGUUGCUAUAAGGCAGAGGUGCUAACCACUACACCACAAUGGAACCCCUUAAAAAUUUUGCGUGUAAUUGUGAAAAACGAUCAUGUUGCAAUAAGCAUCUAAACAGCUUAGCGUUUUUCCACAGCUGAUGUCGGAUGCAGGCUGUUGGCCGGACCUCCUGCAUCAGUGGAUGUCAGUGGUCAUUAGUCCUUUUUUGAGUUAAUUUAUUAGAAAAACAAAUGCAUUACACUUCAAAUUCAUGCUUGAAAGAAUUCAAUACGUCAUAAGCGAUUCCGAAGGACGAUCUCCACCAUCAGAGUACCAAUCUAGGCAGAAUUAUUUUAAAAUCCAUAGAAAAGGAAAAAAAUAUAGAAAAAUAUACGUAGAUCUGAUCACUAAUAUAAUGAAUGCAAUUUUAAAAACUGUGACAAUUUAUAGGAUUGAAAUCAUGGCCCAUUAUGUUUUCUUGUCCUUAAACUUUAGUUCAAGACUCCACUUAAGGAAAUUGCACUGACCUCCUUUGAUGACUGCAAUAGAAACAUGUAUUUAUAAAAAGCAGUAGGGCUGCAAACAGUAUUGUUUUGUAAUGUGUGUCUUCCAUUAAUGUGAAGUUUUCUAUUAGUUCCAUCUUUUAAUUUUAUUGGUUUACCAAACACUCCUUUUAUAUUAGAGAAAACUGAAGAGUGGGAUUUAAUGUAAGUUUUUAAAAUGAGAAAAGUCUUGGAAAGGUGAAUCCAAACAGAGGUUUUGUACUGACUCGUCUCUGUAAAAAGCCUUGGAUGCAAACCGCUGUGCGUGUGCUUUUAUGAGGUGCCGUUCCCCUACAGCGGCCCACUUGACCCCUGCUCAGCUUCAGAUUUUCUGGAGUAUUACGUCCUUAUUCAGCAGCAUUUGUGUAAAUAGAAGAGAAAGAUUUUAGUUUGCAAACAUUCGUUUGUGCACUUUCUUUGUUUUAGGAUCAUAUUUUUGGUGAUAUUUUUGUUUGAUUUUCCAAAACUAAUGCAACUUUAUCUUAGUUCUGAGUUUGCCCUUUGUAAAUUAUGACUGGUUUUGUAUUUGAUGAUAUUUAUUCCAUGCUGUACAGAGGUCCAGUUCCUUACAAACAGGCAGAACUUCAUUUAUUUUCUUGUAGACUAUUGAAACAAAAAUAUGAAUGGAGAAGAUUAAUGGUGUGAAGUAGAUCUCUUGUCUUUUGUCUAUUUACAGAAGAAUCCAAUUCUAUGAAGUUUUUUACGGCUCAUUAUGACAGCACUGUAUUUUUAGAACAAACGUGAUGGUAGGGAGUAAAAAGAUGAUGGGGAAAAAAAUCCUGAAAUACGUAAAGUAUAAUAAUUAUUUGUUUUCAUGGUCAAAUACAUUGGCCAAAUAAAUUGUCAACAAAGCU